AUGUCUUUUAGACGAACAUUAUCUUUAUUUAAUCUCUUUACUACCAUAUCAUACAAUAACAGAUCCGCGUUAUGUCACUCCCCUUCUUUUUUUGCAUAUUCACAAAAGCACUUUGUCGAUUUUCGUUCUUACUCAAGUACAAAGAAUUUACCCAAUAAAGUAAAAUUAUUAUUAAGUGAAAUUGAAAACACGAUAGCGACCGGAGGAGUCACUAAGGGAAUUAAACAAGUGGUCGGAUCUACUUAUGGAGGAAAUUAUCGAUUAAAAUGGACAGAACCUCCUCGCUCAGUCUUGGUUGUGAAAAAGCCUUUCACUGAAUCCACUAGUGAGGCUUUCGUGGAAAUUUUAAGUUGGUUACGUAAAUCUCAUCCUAAUAUAAAUAUCAUUGUUGAACCCGAGGUAAUUAAAGAAUUUGGAAAUGAAUUACCGUAUGUAAAUGUGAUUCCACUAGGACAACAAGAUGAAUAUGCACGUACUGUCGAUUUCGUUAUAACAUUGGGUGGAGAUGGAACAAUUCUUCACGUUUCAUCGCUUUUUAAUCAAUGCGUUCCACCAGUCAUUUCAUUCUCAAUGGGAACAUUUGGAUUUCUACUUCCAUUUCAUAUCAGACAUUUUAAGGCUGCGUUAGAAGAUAUGAUCAAAGGUGGCGUCUCAUUGUUGCUUCGAAUGAGACUUUCUUGUUCAAUAUGGACUGCAGAAGGGAAAAGGAUUACGAAGAAUGGCAUUGAAAUCGGCGAUUUACAAGCCAUGAAUGAAGUAAAUUUGCAUCGGGGUCGUUAUCCACAUCUCACCGCAAUCGAUUGUUUUGUGGAUGGACAAUUUCUUACAGAUGCUGUGGCGGAUGGGUUAAUUAUUGGCACACCUACAGGCUCAACAGCAUACUCAUUAUCAGCUGGAGGACCGAUAAUACAUCCUUCUGUACAGAGUCUUAUUAUCACUCCUAUUUGUCCAAGAUCACUUUCAUUUCGACCCAUUUUACUACCAUCGGGUGUAAGAAUCCAAUUAAGGAUCGGCGAACAAAGCCGUGCGCCAGCCGAAGUCACUGUGGAUGGAAGGGAAAUAUUUAUGUUGAAUAAAGGAGAAUACUUGGAGGUACAAAUGUCACCUUACCCAAUCCCUUGUGUAAAUAGAGUUGAUGAAGGCGUUGAUUGGGUUAAAGAUAUUAAUGAUUUGUUGAAAUGGAAUCAAAAUUUUGUAAAUAAACAAUUACUUGUGCAUGGGUUCUCAUAG